ACAAGCACCCAGAUAUCAGUUGUUUCAGGUUCCACAAAAGAAAAGAAAAGAAGACAAAACGAAGCCAAAUGAGAUUAAAGUGCAACUCAUGGUCUAUGAACAAGGACCAGCACUUGCUCGUAAAGCUUGCAAUUUCCAUUCUCUUACUGGGUUUUGCUUUUAGGCUCCUCCUUUUUCGUUCCAAUGGAUUUGCUGCUGAUUUCCUAUCCCCCAUGUUUUGGAAACAAUAUGUUCAAGAACCAGACUUUAAUCCUCCUGUCUCUGUCGGAAUGCCCGAAAAUGAAGACCAAGUGCCUCUUGAUAUUGUUAUAGAGAAGUGUGAUCUCUUUACAGGGGAUUGGAUUCGCAAUCCCUCAGGGCCGACCUACUCCAAUGAGAGCUGUCCCUUUAUUGAAGGUCAUCAGAAUUGUAUGCGGAACGGCCGCCCCGAUUCCGGCUAUCUAAACUGGAGGUGGAAGCCGCGUGACUGUCGGUUACCUCGAUUCGAUGCUGAGAGGUUUCUUAAGUUGAUGAGAAAUAAAGCGUGGGCCUUGAUUGGUGAUUCGAUAUCUCGCAACCAUGUGCAGUCAUUGUUAUGCAUGCUCUCCACAGUUGAACAACCUGUUGAAGUUUACCAUGAUGAGGAGUACAAAUCAAAGAGAUGGCAUUUCGAGUCAUACAAUUUCACAGUAUCAAAUAUCUGGUCUCCUUUUCUUGUAAAGGCUGCUAUUUUCGAAGAUAACGAUGGCGUUUCUACUGCUGAAGUUCAGCUUCAUCUGGACAAACUUGAUAAGACAUGGACAUAUCUCUACCCGAGCCUAGAUUACAUGAUAAUCUCGACCGGGAAAUGGUUUCUCAAGGCUGCAAUCUACCAUGAGAAUGACUUGAAAGUCGGCUGCCAUCUAUGUCCGGGAAAGAACCUGACCGAAUUAGGAUUUGUCUAUGCUUACAACAAAACCCUCCACUAUGUCAUGGACUUCAUUGCAAACUCAAAGCAUAAGGGAUUGAUCUUUUUCAGAACAUCGACACCGGAUCACUUUGAGAAUGGGGAAUGGCACAACGGAGGAACUUGUCCGAAGAAAACACCGGCUAAAGAAAGGGAGAUUAAAAUAAAGGACUUGAACCGAAUUCUACAUGACGUUGAAUUAGAAGAGUUUGAGAAGGCAGCUGCAAAAGCUGGUAAUAAUGAGGUGAAUCUUAAGCUUCUCGACUUCACAAAUCUCUUGUUAAUGAGACCAGAUGGACAUCCAGGUCCAUACCGACAGUUUCAGCCGUUUGCGGAGAACAAAACGGCAGUGGUUCAAAACGACUGUCUGCAUUGGUGUUUACCUGGACCAAUGGACUUUUGGAAUGAUGUGAUUAUGGAGAUGGUGGUUCGGGGUUAAAUAAAAAGACAUUUCCGAGCCGUUUUGGAGGUCAGUUUUCUCGGAAAUUUUGACAACGGCAAGCCUCAGGUGAUGCUUAUUCAUAGAUAUUUUAUUGCAUGGAAUGCCUAUGGUUCAUCUGUUUGCAUUCAUCUUUCCCUGGAUUGAUAAGCUCUUAGUGUAUAGAGA